CUCCUGAGAUCCAGCCAGCCAGGCCAGCCAAGAACGAGAGAGGAGAGAGAACGAGUGAGCAAACGGUGUGACAGUCAAAGGAAAGAAAAGGAAAAAGAACCCGACAAGAGACAGAGGCUGGUGAGGUGAAGUGAAGAGAACGCUGGAUUGCUUUGCGGAAAGGGGACUCGAGAUAAAUAAGGCUCUCUGGCGUUCGAGCCGAGGCCGAAAGUGAGAAGAGACGGCGGGGGGAGACACACGUCUGCACCCACCCACCCCCGAGACGUGAGACGCGAGACGUGAGAAAUUGGGAGGCAGUAAUAGAGGGAUCAAGAGAGGAAUUGAAGUAGAAGGCGAGGAAUAGGAGAGAGGCGCCAACAAUAACAAUGCCCCUCGACGGACUGUCGGAGCCUCGCGAUUGGCUGUUCUCGCUGCUGCUGUGCUUGGCGGCGAUGGCCGAGGUACUGGAUUGGACGAUGGUGGCGGCGGCGCAGGGCGUGGGGGCAGGGGUCGGCGUCGGGGCCGGGGACUCUGCGGAGGACCCCUUCUGCCCGUCCGUCUGUCGCUGCGACGAGGACUUUAUCUAUUGCAACGACCGCGGCCUGAGCGCCAUCCCGCCCUUACCGCCCUCCGCCACCGUGCUCUACCUGCAGAACAACCACAUCGACAACGCGGGCCUGCCGAAGUCGCUGGAGCAGCUCACCACUGUGCGCGUCAUCUACCUCUACGACAACGAGCUGGACAACUUCCCCACCCAGCUGCCGCCGUCGCUACGGGAACUGCACCUGCAGGACAACAACAUCCGCGUGCUGCCGCGCACCGCGCUAGCUAAACUUCCGCUCCUCGAGAAGCUGCACCUGGACGACAACUCGGUCUCCACGGUCAGCAUAGAGGACCAGGCCUUCGUGGACAACCCGCGGCUGCGCCUGCUCUUCCUGUCGCGCAACCACCUAUCCAGCAUCCCGUCAGGGCUUCCGGCGGCCCUGGAGGAGCUGCGGCUGGACGACAACCGCAUCUCCACCAUCCCCACGCACGCCUUCCGGGGCCUGUCGUCCCUGCGGCGCCUGGUGCUCGACGGCAACCUCCUGGCCAACCAGCGCAUCGCCGACGACACCUUCGCCCGCCUGGGCAACCUCACCGAGCUGUCGCUGGUGCGCAACUCGCUGCAGAAGCCGCCGGUGAACCUGCCCAGCGCCCACCUGCAGAGGCUCUCGCUCCAGGACAACGCCAUCACCCACAUCCCCCGGGGCGCGCUGGACGGCAUGCGGAGGCUCCAGAGGCUGGACGUCUCGGGCAACAACUUGACCACGCUGCCCCGGGGCCUGUUCCGCGACCUGGACAGCCUGGCGCAGCUGCUGGUGCGGGGCAACCCGUGGUACUGCAACUGCAACCUCCGCUGGCUGCACGACUGGCUGCACGCCCGCGGGAACACCAUCACGGUGCGCGGCCUGACCUGCCAGGGGCCCGAGAAGGUGCGCGACAUGGCCCUCAAGGACCUGUCCAACCAGAUGGAGGAGUGUGAGGCCCUGGCCCCGGCUCCGGCUGCCGGCGGAGGUCCUGGUGGGGGUCGAGACCGGGCGGCAGUGUCCGGUGUAGGGGCCACCUCCACCACCCUGUCCCCGCUCCAGGGCUCCCUGUUCACCCUGCGCUCCCGCCGGCCCAGCCUGGGCUUCCCGGACGGCAGCCUGGACUACAAGAUGGGCAGCAGCGCUGUGGGCAAGAACCUGGCGCUGAACGUCAAGGCGCUGUCCCACGAGAGCAUCCGGGUGACGUGGAGCGUGGCACAGCCCUCGUCCUCCUUCCGGCUCAGCUGGCUGCGGCAGGGCACCAGCGCCGCCAUGGGCUCCAUCACCGAGACCCUGGUGCAGUCGGACCGCCGCGAGUACCUGCUCACCUCCCUGCAGCCGGGCUCCACCUACGUCAUCUGCAUCGUGCCCCUGGUGUCCUCCAACUCCAACUCCAACGGGGGAUCCAGAGGGCCGCUGGCUCCCUCCGACGACCAGGACGCGGACAACGAGCCGGUGUGCGCCAAGACGGAGACCAAUGACGCCAGCCAGGACGCGGGCCCGGACGACGGGCAGGGCUCGGAGCAGCUCACCACGCUGCCGCUGGCGGGCAUCAUCGGCGGCGCCACGGCGCUGGUCUCGCUGGCGCUCAUCCUGGCCAUCUUCUGCUGGUACACCCACCGGGCCGGGUGCCUGUCCUCGCGGGACCACUACACCCGCAACAACUCGCGCAAGGGCAAGCAGUACGACGACUACAUCGAGUCGGGCACCAAGAAGGACACCACCAUCCUGGAGAUCCGCAGCCCCGGCUUCCAGAUGACCACCAUGCCGCCCAACAGCAGGCCGCCUCCGCCCCUGCAGCCCAAGCCCAUGCGGGAGGACUACAUCAUACACACCAUCUUCCCCCCCAACGGCACGGGCCUGUACAAGCCGCCCCACCCUAUGACUAACACCACAGCUGGCUACGGCACCAACCGUGGCUACAGAGAAGGCGGCAUCCCAGAUUUAGACUACUCCUACACGUGAUGCUGAACCCCCCGGUCAACACACACACACACAUACAAACACACACGCAUACACAC